AUGGGCGCCACCCCGCCUGACGGCAACGGCCUGCUGGGCACGUCCCCGCAGUUCGGCAGCGGCGGGCGCGGCCACGGCGCGGGGCUGUUUGGCAGCAGCCCGCGCACAGGGGCGCACAGCAUGGGCACGAGCGCGCCGCUGGGCAAGUUCCAGCACCCGAGCCACUCGCUGCUGGAGGACGGCGGGUUCAAGCAGAUCCGCUACGUCAAGUACUACCGGCGCUGCAUCGAGGACCGCGCGGCAAAGGGCAUCGGCCAGAGCGAGGAGAUGAACACGCUGUUCCGCUUCUGGUCCUACUUCCUGCGCGACCACUUCAACGACCGGAUGUACCAAGACUUUAUGAAGUACGCUGACGAGGACGCGGCCGCCAACUACAUGUACGGCCUGGAGUGCCUCUUCAGGUUCUUCUCGUAUGGCCUGGAGAACAAGUUCAAGCCCGAGCUGUACCGCGACUUCGAGGCGGUGGUGCUGCGCGAGUUCAAGCAGUACAACGGGCUGUACGGCCUAGAGAAGCUCUGGGCGUUCCACCACUACUGCGGACUGCCCGCGGACUGCGACUUGGAGGUGGACCCGGACCUUAAGGCGCUGCUGGAGGGGCCGUACAAGACGCUGGACUGCUUCAGGGACGAGCAGCGGCGGCGGGAGGCUCAGGCGGCGGGUGGCGGCGGCGGCGCAGGGGGGCAUGGGCACGCGGCGCACCAUCAUCACAGUGGACCGCACCCACAGCAGCAGCAGCAGCAGCAGAAGGGGCAGCAGCAGCAGCACAGCCAGGGGCAGGGGCAGCGGCAGCAGCAACAGCAACAGCCAGUGAAUGGCGCGGCCGGGGCGGCUGUCAAGGCCAGCUGA